AACAUUAUCUCUCUUGCAGAAUUUUCGUAUAUUGUCACGUUUUUUCCCCAUAGUUUUCGUAUAUUUACACGUUCCUAGUUAGAACAUUCACAGGGAUUAGAAAUUCUUGUGAUUGAAUGAAUAUUUUUUGUUGAUCAAAGCAGAUUGCAAAAAUAUAUUUACUUUAUUAGGUUGCUACAAAUCAAAAUCAAAUGUGUUGUUGGGGUUUGGGCCUGGGCCUGAAUGUGCGUGUGUAUAGGGAUAGGACACCAAAUUUGACCUUUUUUCACUAAUUCCAAUUGGUGUUACUAUCCUGUCCUCACUCGCCGCCGCAAUGUCACGGCGGCUGCGGCAGCGGCGGCAGCUGCAGCUUUCAAUUCCAGAAGAAGAAGACAGAAUCAGUGCGCUUCCAGACUCACUUGUUCAUCAUAUUCUCUCCUUUCUUCCGUCGAAAGACGCCACCGCCACAACCGUCCUCUCCAAGAGGUGGAAACCGCUAUGGCUCUUGGAACUCAUCAUCCACUUCAAUCACCAACCCUUUCCAGAUACUUUCACCUUUUCCAACUUCGUCGACUCAGCCAUGGCCAAUCAAGAUAACACUCAACCUAUCCUCUCAUUCCACAUCAAAUGUCACUACUAUAACAGUGAUAUCCACAAAUUUGUUUCUAACGCUAUUCAAAGACGAGUUCAAAACCUAACCUUCGAUCUCUCCCGCUCAGAUUUCCCUACGGCUUUCAUUCUAAGGACCGAAACCUUGUGUGUCCUCAAAUUGAAGAGGAUAACAUUGAACUAUGAAGGUCCUUUGGUUGAUCUUCCGUCGCUCAAAAUCCUUCACUUGGAAUCCGUCUGUUUCACAUAUUAUGGACAUAUCAGAAAACUUUUAUCUGGAUGUCCCAUUCUACAAGAGUUGGAAGCAAAUGAUUUAACCAUAAAGAUACCUUGUCGUGUGUUUCUGGGUUCUUCACAGCCACCAAGCUUAUCCAAUUUGGUCAGAGCUAACAUUUCCAACAUCUGUCCCAUGCAUAAUUUGCUUGAUCGCCUUCGUAACGCCCAACAUAUGCGCCUACUUGCGAAGUAUUCAUAUGAACUACAUAGCGUGUUUCACAAUUUAACCCACCUGGAGCUUAGAUUGGACUUUAUGCAUAAUCGUGGGAUGUUGAAGUGGAGCUGGCUGAUAAAACUGCUUCAAAAUUUCCCCCUGCUUCAAACUCUUAUUAUUGAGGAGGUUGAUACUGUACACAAUUUCGGUGCUGGAGGGUGGACGGACCCAGAAAUUGUACCAGAAUGCCUUUUAUCUCAUCUUACAACAUGCUCACUUAGAAGUUAUAGCCGCAUAAAUUGCGAGCUUCAAUUUGCAAAAUAUAUCAUGCAGAAUUCAAGAGUACUAAGCAUCAUGAAAAUUCAGAGUGCCAAAUUUCUGGAUACAAAUACAAAGAUCCAAAUGUCAUUGGAAUUAUCUUCGUUCCCAAUGAAUUCAACCACAUGUCCACUUCUAUUUAUUUGAAUGAUAAUGUAUAGAGCAUGCGUGCAAUAACUGCCUUAAGCUUUGUACGAACAUUGUUAUACCUUCAAUAAUUUGAGACUACUUUAUAAAUUCAUUCUGAAUCUUGAGACUGUU